AACGGCAGACACGACUCGAAUUGUUAUUGUUACUUUCAAUUUAGCCCUGUAUACGCAUUUAAAAUCGAGAUGAACACCUCCGGUCGCUGAACGGCCGCGACGCUUCGUUCGCUAGUCAGUUAACAUCUCUCGCCGGAGAUGGAUCUGUGCUAGCGAGCGUAGUGACCGUUUCGGCACGUGUUUAUAUCGUCAAUAUGUCAAAAAGGACUCGAUUUUGCGAUUUUUACAAUUUUGGCGGAGUUUUGUUAAUAAUUUCUUGGGCGUUGCAAGGAAUCACGACUCAAGAUUUGAUGUGUUGUUCCCACGCGACUGGAUCAUGCAGAAGUAUUUGCGAAAAGAUUUCUUUGGUCCAUUUAGCGGCGGAUAUAGAACUGAGAAACCAUACCAUACAAGAAGUACAAACGUAUUGUUCAACUCAGCUGAAUUCGUUUUGGGAGUGUUUGAAUGCCACUUUCAAAGAUAUGUCGAGAGGUGAUUCGUGGUCGGGUAGAAAAUGUUGUCCGUUACCUCACAGCGAUAGCUGUAGACGAGCUUGUAUUACAGCUACUUCUAGUUUCGAUCUUACCAAAGGCUGUAGGCAUAGCGACGAAAUCGCUUUCUUCAGCUGUCUCGAACGCCAAGAAGCUGGUUCGGAUUGUUGCAAUAAUGCAAGAAACGAAGACUGCAAAUCAGCUUGCGUUGAUUUAUUCCAUAGAGAAUUAUCACCUAGUAAAUUACAAAGACAAAAAGUGAAAGAAUAUUGCGAAAAUGACAAUCCUCGCGUUACCGAUUGCAUUAAGAAUCUUAUUAAAGUGACACCUGUUAAAAGCACUCAUAGACAUCUGCAUUGUUGCGAUAAAUCGAAUAUUAUGAAAUGUAGAGAUUCUUGCAAAAAAGUAUUGACUACAAUGACAACCAUUCAAGAAAUUAUUGAUGGUCUUCAAGUUGGCGGUUGCGGUUUACCAAACCCUCAGGAAUACUUCUGGCAAUGUUUUUUGAAACCAGAAAUCGGAUCUGAAUCGUCCUCGAAUUCUGAAAAGAUAUCCAGAAUUGAUAGAGUCGGAAUAGACAGCGCCAAAUGGCAUUGUUGUCAACGGGCCGCCUCUUCUCACUGCGCUAGAUUGUGUUCGAAGACUUUCACGAAAUUUUGGUCGACGUCUUGGGAUGAAUUUAGAAAUAAAUGCCUCAGUCAAGUAGCCGAAGAAAGUUUGAGAUCUUGUAUAGAUGAAGUUGACGAACCUUGUGAAUUGGGAUGCGAUGGACUAAGUUUUUGUACUAAUUUUAAUAAUAAACCAACGGAAUUGUUUCGUGCUUGUACUUCGCAAGCCGACGAAGCCGCGAGGAACGACGUCGCUUUAUGGCAACAACAAAAUAAUAUUUCUCUCGCGCCAGAUUUGACGCUUCCUCUUAAAUCGACAUCGAAAUGUUCUCCGAAUAUUUGGAAAGCCGUCGCUUGUACUCUACAGAUAAAACCGUGUUCGAGGACAUCACACGCUAACCAAAUUUGCAGAGAUGUUUGUUUGGACAUUCUGUAUCAAUGCGUGGAUUGGACUAGAGUAUCUCCCGCACAUUCACCUGAAUCUAUUUGCGAAAUUUUAUCUCCCGAAGAUCCUGACGAUUCCUGUGUAAGAUUACAAACGUAUCUGAAUCCUUCUUCAUACAAAUCCUCGAAAAUCACCGGACAAGUUUUUAGUCCUUGUAAAGGAAAUCCUUGUGAAUCACAUGAAGUUUGUAUGAUAAAUAGGGAUUGUAUGAAUGGACAUAAUUGUAAACCUUACAUAUGUACUCCAGGAUGUAAAUUAGGCGAAGUUUCACCUUACAUGGUACCCGACGGUACUUACGUUCGAGUACCUAUACCAAAUCAUCCGGAAGGUUGCGUGAAUAUUUGUAAAUGUACCAAAAAUAAAAUAGAAGAAUGCAAACGGUUAAUCUGCGUGCCAUUAACUUCCUGUCUUCUGGGUAAUACUCAGGAGCUUCACGGAGCUGUUUUCAACCAGGAUUGUAAUAAAUGCAGUUGUUAUGCGGGGGAAACUAUUUGCAGUAUAAAACAAUGCGAAAGUACUAGUUUAAGCGGUAGGAAUACAGCUUACACUACGUUACCUUGUAACUGUCCUCCCCAUUACGUACCUGUAUGUGGAAGAAAUGGAGUUACUUAUGCUUCGACAUGUUUAGCUAAGUGCGCCGAUUUGAACGAUGCGGAUAUUGAACAUUAUCCUUGUCAGAAUCCUUGCAAGAUGAAUACGUGUCCUGUUGGUCAAAAGUGUGUUCCGAAUCCACAAGUUUGUUUGACACUUAUGCAAAAACCUUGCAAACAAUACGAAUGUAUAAAUGGUUCGGUAACGUGUUCUCUCCUUCCAAAAGACCCCGUAUGCGACGUAGAUAAUCAGGAAUACGAAAAUUCAUGUCUACUAGCUCACCAUAACGCAAAAUUAGCAUACAGGGGACCUUGUUUAACAAAAUGCAAACACAAAUCUGAAGUAUGCGGUUUUAAUGGUAAAACGUAUCUAUCUGAAUGUGCCGCGUCAGCUGAUAUGGUAGCGGUAGACUACGAAGGACCUUGCGUAGCUAUGGGACUUAUAACAAAUGUUAAAAGUAGACAGUGUCCUGGAGUACAAUGCCCUAAAUUACAGAAUCCCAACUGUAUCGGUGUUACACCUCCUGGUGCUUGUUGUCCUAUUUGCGGAGGUGCUCUUCGUUUACUUUACUCAAAAAAACAAAUAGAUAGAGCUUUAUUUGCUUUACAUAACGUCACAACGAAACCUUUGAAUUUACAAUCGGUACUACAAGCGUUAGAAAGACAAAUACAAGUGGCACAAUGUACUUUGAAAGGAUAUCUAACAGUUGAAUCGGAUAUAUUCGUUAUAGUACAAAGUACGGAAAGGAAUCCAUCGGAUCUUCAACAAGAAGCUUGUAUAAGAGAAGCGGAAAAAAUAUCGAGUCUUAUCACCAUUCAAAGUCCUAGAAUAGUUAGCGAAUUAAGCCUCAGUUCCUUGACCGUUGCUAGUAUAGUACAUACACAAAUAAACGCAUCUGCCAGUAAUCGUUUUAUAAAUUUGAAAUUGUUACUAUUACUUAUUAUAUUUAAUGCAGUAAACAAAAAAUUAUUUACAAUUAUUUGAUUAGAAUAACGUCGUUGGUCACUUUUACUAAUAGUUUGUUAUCGGUGAAAUAGGUGACCGUAUAUUUUUUUUAUUACCUGACUGAUCCUACCAAAAAUAUAUCGUGAUCAUGCUCAAGAAACUGAGGCCAAAGCAGUCAUAUUUUGAUUUAAAGAUUUAUCAUAUAUUAAGAAAAUUAUCUGUGAUACGUUAUUCAUUAAGAAUUGUCUAUCUACCUAUUAUUAAUUUAGUUGUAAAUAUAUAAAUAAUAUGGAACCUCAUUACUGUAUAAAAUAGUUUAGAUGAUUAAAUUUACUUUGCGGAAAGAAGAAUUGGUAUAGAUGUUAUGUCGAUCCUUAUUUUGUUUUACAAUCAUUUAUUGUAUUUAUUUAAUUUUUUCUAAUAUUUUUAAUCGAUAACUCAAUUUCGAUCGAUUGAUUUAUCCAAGUUUUGUUUUCGAGUACUUGAUACAGGAUACGGCAGUCGAUUCUGAUUUAUUAUAAUCACAUCACGUUUAUUUUUCAGGAAUCCCCACAAUACAUGAUAUAAAUAAAAUUCUGGAAAAUCUUAUUAACAGACUGUUUUCGAUAAAAUAAAUUGAUAUUGAUGAAGACAUGGCACACUAAAUUAUUACCUUGGUUUAAUGGAAAUGUUGGUGAUGAAGUUGAUGAAGAUUUUGAUCAGUAUCUGAAUUUUUGGAAAGAGACUUCAAUCUGACACUUAUUUUGUUCGCUGUUUUCAAAAAUCUUCACCCACAACUUUAUCUGGUUAGACUAAGAACUUGCUAAUUUCAAAUUGAGCUCGGUUUGAUAAAACGUUUUCACAGUAAACGCUCGGUGAUUUAUAUUAAUUAUUUUCUUUAUACUAUUAGACAUUUAUUUUGCUUAAUUUGACAUUAAAAACAAAAAAUUAUAAAAUAUAAGAUCUCUAAAAACUUUCCAUCAACAUUUCCCUCUCUAAAUUUAGGUGGGAAACCCCAAAGUUGUAGCCCUGGUGAAGAAUAUGAUGUUAACCUUGAAAACUCACCUCGGCCAGUUUUAGAAAGAUGCAGAAUUGACUGUCGCACCCUGUACUCGUUUAUUAAAAUGUUACCUGCUCGAAAAGUGUCUGAAUGAAUUAAAAAAUUUCUAAUGUUGCCAAAGAAAAAUUUCUUAAUAAUUACAAUCAUAUUAAAAAAAAUAAUUUCAUCGCGUUUUUACCCAAUUGUACAUUACAUACAUAAACGUCUAUUUUAUUUAAUUUUGUUGUUUUUUAUCUUAAUUUUUUAUCGAAACAUUUUCCGUAAAAUAUAAUAAAAAAUAUUAACGUUGUU